UGCAACCCACAGUUCCUUAGCCAACUUUUUAGAAUGCGCAUUUACACAGCCGACGAGUCCGGGUUGAUAAAGACUGUAACGAUCGAUCCCAAGGUGUCGCUCCUGGAGGCCAAGGCGCGGGCCGCAAAGAAAGCCAAGGCUGACGCCAAGGCACGGGCCAACGCCUCCAAGGCUGGCACCAAGCUGCCCACGGAGGAGGCCAGCCUCGCCGGCGUCGCUAUCAGCACCCUCAGUGGCACUGUUCAGCGCGAUCUGGGGAUUGCACACAUGAGCGAAAUGACAUUCGGCAACGAGAGUGCUUUCAUCGUAGCGCGACAGAACGGAUCUGUAGACGUGAUCUCGCAGGCCACGGGCUCCGAGCUGUAUUCGUUCAGCGAGCCCGAGUUUUCACAGAAGCUGAGCAUCAAGAGCAACGGCAAGUUCAUCACCAGCACACAGUACGUGGGUGUGGGUGCUGGCCCAGACCACUUUGUGUCGUGCACAAAUCUCGGCCAAGUGCGGUACCAGUCGUUUGCAGGCAGCUCGACACUGCUGAAACUGCCUGUGGAUGCGUGCCACAUGCGCACGCAUUUGAGGCGUCCAAGCAUCCUCGCAGUCGGCGGGCGCGAGCAGGAGCUGACGGUAUGGGAUGCAGAGACACUGGAGACAAAGAAGCCGGGCGAGUUCUCCAAGGCUACCAGCGCGCCUCUGUUCAAAUCCAAGAAUGUUGCCAACGAUAACCUGGAUCUGCGUGUGCCCGUGUGGAUCACUGACAUGCAGUUCACCAGCGACGACACGUCCACGAUCGCCGUGGCUUCGGGCUACAAGCACAUUAGACUGUAUGAUACGAGAGCGAACCAGCGGCCAGUGCAGGAGUGGAGCGUGUCAAAGCACCCGAUCCUGCACUUGCUCAAGUCGCAUGUCAAGCCCGAGCUAUUCUUUGCUGACAACAUGGGCAAUCUGCAGCAGAUGGAUAUGCGCAAGGGUAAUGUGAUUGGUGGAUACAAGGAGAUUGCGGGCGCGGUGCGUGCCAUUGCACUCAGUGAAGACGGCUCAAAGGUAGCCGCGGCCGGACUGGACCGGUUUGUGCGUGUCUACGAGACCGGCGGCACUAGGGCAAUGCUGCACCGAGCAUAUGUAAAGCAGCGGGUCACAGGGCUCGUGUAUGACUGGAGUUCCAAGGAUGUCAACUCUGAUGAGGAAGAGCAGCAGGAGACCGAGGCUAUCUGGGACAGCAUGCCGACGGCCGGCGACAAGAGUUCGAAGCGUAAGAGGCGGACAUCCGAGUAAAGCAGUUUAUUCGAAGUUGAUAACUCUGAAGAUAGCUAGAAAUG